CUGUGCUGGGGGGUGGAGCUUUCUGGGUCAGAUCGCCAAUGCGGCCGCCUGCGGUCUCCAUUGUGAGUGGGGAAUCCCGAGCUGAGCGAGCCAUCUGCUUGUUCGGGUAGCCUUAUGUCGGUCUGUGCCCAACCAAUGGGGGGACUAUCCCAAGCCAGAGCCAGAUCCCUGGGCCAGAUCUUGCAGCAGAUCUUAGCUCUUGGGCAGAAGGAAAUCCCAGGUGAGAGAAUUGGAAGGGAAAAUAAUUCAGCCUUCAGAUCUGAAACGCCAGGCAAGAUCUCUCCCCAAAGACCUCCCAAUGAUUGUGUUCCUGAGCACUCAGAUCAAGACAGUUCCUCCAGGAGUUUAGGAAAAGAGCAGCAGGCAAUUGUUACCGAGGUGACAGGAGGCAAAGAGAGCCACGAGGGCUUAAGAGUUAGGAAACGCAAAGGGGCUGUGGUCCACCGGCAGACCCAUGUGGGGGAGAAACCAAACAUCUGUAUUGAGUGUGGGAAAAGCUUUCUCCAAAGUUCAGACCUAAUUAAUCAUCGAAGGAUUCACACAGGAGAGAAGCCCUACACAUGCCCAGACUGCGGGAGGAGUUUCAGCAUGAGCUCAAACCUUCUUAGGCACCGGAGGACCCACACAGGAGAGAAACCCUAUGAAUGCACUCACUGCAGGAAAAAGUUCACUGAUAAAUCCACACUGAUCCAACACCAGAGAACUCACACGGGAGAAAAGCCUUAUCAGUGCCUGGACUGUGGAAAGACCUUUAGCCGUAAUUCCCAUUAUAAGAGACACCUGAAGAGCCUGGCAGGGAAACAUCAUGGCCAGUGCAGCUAUCUUGAGAAUGCAGCUAGCAAGGCUGCCUCUGCCCUCAGAAAGGAACGAAUGGCCAAGAAGAACUCCCCUGCCAAGUUCCCGAACACAUGUGUGGAGUGCUGGCAGAGCUUCAGCCAGAACUCAGACCUGAUCAAGCACAUGCGCAUCCAUACUGGGGAGAAGCCUUAUGUGUGCGGCCACUGUGGUAAGUGCUUCAAUGUCAGCUCCAACCUUAACCGGCACCAAAGGAUUCACACAGGGGAGAAGCCCUACACCUGCUCAGACUGUGGGAAGAGCUUCACUGACAAAUCCACCCUCACCCAGCAUCAUCGCACCCACACAGGAGAGAAACCUUAUAGGUGCACUUAUUGUGGGAAGAGCUUCAGCCACAGUUCCCACCACAAGAGGCAUGAGAAAAUCCACAACGGGGGAAUCCCUGUUGGCUUUUUGCCCUUGUGGGCCUAUCCCAAGCAAAUGUUCUCAAGCAUGCAGGUUUCUUGAAAAAGGUGGAAACCUGCUUGUGUGAGUGUGGCAGGGGAGAAUUGUGUUCUCUGAAGAUUGCAAGCUGUCUGUACAACCUCUCUCCUUAAACUGACUGGUAACCAUAUACCUCAGAACAAGAUGUGGAAACUCUGACAUUAUAGGGGCAACAAGAUUCUUAAACAUUUACGUUUCUGACAGUGCAAUCCUAAACCUAGUGACACCUCAGCCCAUUGACUUCAGUGAGUUUAGAAGCGUAUAACUGCUUAGGAUGGCAUUGUGAGAUUUUUAGUAUUUUAAAGCUUAGAAAUUGUUAUAAUUCUGCAGGUAUUUAUAAGCUUUUUAAUUCCCCAGUGUGUCUUUCCCUCAAUCCUAAACUUAAUUAAAGUAACAUAUUGUAGGAGUGAGUUUCAUGUGCCAAGAAGACAUAAUCUUUUAAUCCAGUAGAUCAUCUCUUGGUUUACCCUUUAUAGUGGUGAUUGGGAGGUUUCUUUGUCAAAUAUUCCACAAGAUAAGUCCUAAGUAUUCAACUAUUUCAUACAUAUGUAAUCCAUCCGGCCCAAUCUCCAAAUCUUUCCAAUUAGUAUUAAUUUGCCUCUCAGCUGUGGUAGUGGAAAAGGCUGUCAAGUCACAGUUGACUUAUGGCAGCCCUGUAGGGUUUUCCAGGCAAGAGACAGUUCAGGGGUCGUUUGCUAUUGACUGCUUCUGCUUAAUGACCCUGGUCUUCCUUGGUGGUCUCUCAUCCAAGUACUAAUUAGGGCUGAACCUGCUUAGCUUCCAAGAUCUGGCAAGAUCAGACUUCCCUGGUCCAUACAGGUCAAGGUCUCUGAGCUGUAGCAGGUAAUAAUAUAGUGUGACAGACACGGGUAGGGUUGCCAGGUCCAGGUUGCGAAAUUCCUGGAGAUUUUGGGAGUGGAGCCUGGAGAGGGUGGGGAUUGGGGAGGGGAGAAGCCUCAGAAUGGUAUAAUGCCAUAGAGUCCACCCUUCAAAGGAGCCAUUUUCUCCAGGGGAACUGAUCUCUGUCACCAGGAGAUUAUUUGUAAUUCUGGGAGAUCUCCAGCCACCCUAGACGCAGGCAAAACUUCAGACUUCAUUCUAUGGCAUAAGCAGGCAUAGAAGCCAUCUUGCUCCUAUCUAGUAAUGCUUCAGUUUCCUCGGUAUCUGUGUCAUAUGGCCUCUGGGCUAGAACUUGAGGAUGAGUCACAGCAUGUACUAAGGGCAGAGCAUGUGCAUUGCAUUCAGAAAGCCCCAGAUUCAGUCUCCGUUUAAAGGCUCUUUUCAGAUAACAGGUGCAGGGAUAAGCCUGAAAUCCUGGAUAUCUCCUGCCAAUCAAAACAGACAAUAUUGGGUAAGAUGUAUCGAGAGGGCAGUUGUUUUGUUCAGUUGUGCUAAGACAGAUGCUUGGAUCAGUCCUUUAAUUCUAACCAGGAAGUGCAGGAAGAGAGAGCAGGAAAAGGCUGUGGUUUCCUGUGCCUCUCAACCUGUGCAGACCGCCGUUGACGCCUGCCUCCGCCCCCCUUCCCCCCCCCCAGCUUCUAAGUAGCACAGGCAGAAUUACUGCUCUAGGAAAGGGGUCCUCAAUCUGGUUGAUGCAGAUGCUUUUGGAAUUUUGAAAAGAGGUAGUGGAUGCAACAACAGAAUUGCUGCCGUGGGGGCUGGGGCCCAUCACAAGUCAUUAAAAGGUCCUACAAAACAUUAGGAGGUUCCAAGCCAAGCAUUCUGUGAUGUAGUCAGCAGUGUUCCCUGCGGAAUGAAAGAUGGUAUCCGCUGGGCCUCUCCUGAAGCACCUCCUACUUUAGUAAAGUGGAGAAAAAGCCAGGAUUGGCUCUUUGCUUUGGGGAAGAAGUAACUAGGCGUCUGGAAAUGCAUCAGCAGGUGCCAUAGCAUGCAUUGGCACCAUGUUGGGGAUGACUGGCCUAGAAUAAUGAUCAACAGCCUUGGUCCCUAGUUGCCAACCUUGGCCCAAAGAGGUAUGCUGAAUAAGAGCAUCUGGUGUCUAUACCACCAUUUUGCAGAGAGUCUACAGAGUGGGGACCCAUAGAUAUAGUCAGCUAGUGAGAAGAUGCAAGAAUCUCUUUCUUUACUCAUGAGUGACAUCAUGUGUUUUAUGGCUGUGGUCUAGGGGAAAAAAUCACCCAUCAUGUAUAAUAAAAAUGCUCCAGGACUACCACUGGAGGGAUCAUAUGACUGGCUAGUCCCCCAUUGAAGGGGGAAAUUAUAAAUACAGAAAACUAGCAUGUCAAGGAAAAGGCUAGGCCCAAACCCUUCUCUUUAAAAUUUAUUUGCAGGAUUUUUUUUAAACAUUGAGGUGCCAGUCAUGUGAUUCUCCAACCUUCAGUCUACUAUGGAACAAUUUAGGAAUACAUUUGCCACAUGUUAGUGUAGAUCUGGCUUUUACUGACCCUGGCUAAGGUCAGAAUGUCAAUCUCUCAUAUGUUGCAUUAGAGAAGAGGCUGAGCAUGCAGCAUCCAGCAAUUUAUUCUGUUUGCUUCAUUUAUACCCUGCAUUUCUUACUGAAAUUCAAGGAGGAUUACAAUAAAAAAAAAGUUCACUCAGGCAGCAACAACCUCCGAUAAACAAUGCAGUAGGACUAGGAUUACAGAAUUGGAAAACGAUGCAAACAACAAAUACUAAACCGUCAGCAUGAAAUGCCAUAAUGCAGAAAGUGGGUUUGGAAGUGCCAUUCUAACUAAAUCGGAGGCAGAACAGAGGGAGUUAAUAUACUGGAGAUAUGGUGGGAAAAGCUAAUGAUGUGUUUUUUAAAUGCUGUAAACCAUUCUGAGAAAAGUGGUUGAAAAGUGGGGUAGGCAUCUUAAUGAAUGAAUAGUAGGACAACUGGUGGCAGCAGUGGUUCUUACUCCCGUGGUUCUCGCUAGGAAGGAAUGUGAUGUGCAUAUUGGUCCUAAGAUGGCAGUCCUGAGCAAGCUACCAACUAUGCUAGCAGGCUUGCUGGCACUUCUGCCGGGUCCCAUUGAGUUCCCAUUUGUCACUUUUUUUUCAAUUAAUCAGUCUUUUCAGAGGAGGUUGCAGAAAAACUUUGAAAAUUAAUCUCUCCCAAUGUGUCGAUUUUAUUUUCCGCUUACUGCUUAGAGCUUUGCUGAACUAAGAAAAGAAUGAUGGAGAAAUUGCUGAUGCCCAAAAGUUUCUAAACCUAAUUUUUGUAUGUUUUCUUUUUUCAGAAUAUUUUUUGUAUUCUCACAUAAAAGUAUAUUUAUAAGCAGAAUUUUGCAGAUGUUCUGGGAUUUUGGAUCCAAUACCAAACUUUUCUGAAAAAUUAAAAAGCAAGCUAUUA